GCCAGAAACCUCCGACAAAUUCUGCCAGCAUGAAGUUAACAUCUGCGAGGAGUGCAUGCGACAUCAUGUUGACGUGCGGUUGAGUGAGCUCGGUACAAUCGCCCCACUCUGCCCGAGCUGUCGCCACGAUUUCUCGCACGAGGACAUUCAGAGGACAGCAAGCGAAGAAGCCUUUGCUCGUUAUGACCGUCUUCUGCUUCGGAAGGCUGUUGGAAAUCAGCCCGGCUUCGUGUGGUGCAAAAACCCAUCAUGCGAAGGGGGGCAAUUCCAUAUCAUACCAGAUAUGCCUAAACGACUUGGUCUGGUCGGUUGGAUGCAGGAGCCAUGUCUAGAUGCAGACUUGGUUGUCUGCUUUGCAUGCGGGACCAAGUCUUGCUUUCGUCAUGAUGUCCUGUGGCACGAGGGCCGGUCAUGUCAAGAAUACGAGCAAAGCAAGGGAACCAAGCCGUUUGCCAAAAUGCAGUCGCGAACCAGGGCAACUAUUGAGAAGACGACCAGGGCUUGUCCUAAGUGUAAGACACCGGUCUGUGCAGCUGUUCGCAUAAUGCCGUUCGUAAAUGACUUUGGUUCGUAGGUGGAGAAGAGCGGUGGUUGUGACAACAUGUAUUGUCGCCCUCCAGGAGGUUGCGGGCAUCAUUUCCGCUGGAAGAACGCCCAAAUUGGUAGGCUACCAAACGAUCCGAGGAGGAACGGAGGAUAGGGAACUCCUCGGACCAUAGGUUUACAGUCGGCAUUGUUUGUAUAAUUAGGGCACCAGUGUAUAAAUAAUA